AUGGCGGGCGAUCCGACUGGCGGUGCCGGUGCCGGUGCCGGCGGCGGCUCCGGGACGGGCAAGGGCCCUCGCUCGUCGUCGCGACAGUUCCGCGACCGCGCCAAGACCCGGGUGGACGACCUCCAGGAGAUCUUCUCCGGCCUCCAGUCCGCCCGAAAGGAGAGUCGCUCCGCUGACGCCGCCGUCCUCGAGGAGCAGGUCCACCAGAUGCUCCGUGAGUGGCGGGCAGAGCUCAACGUCGCCUCUCCCGCCUCGUCCCUCCAGAACUCUCAGGGGAACAAUCGUGCGGUCUCGGAUCCGCCGUCGGAGACGCUGCGGAUGCUGCAACUGGCGGUUGAGGAGGAGGACGACGCUACCAGCAAGCUGAUGAUCCCCCGAUUGCCCUUGGUGAUGCAGCCCUCUCGUCAGAGUCACGGGCUCGGACAGAACGAUCAGAAUCUCAAUCCCGACCUGCAAGUACAGGGGAGCCCUGUCGCCGGGGGCGCUACUGCACCGCAGCAAUCCCUGGGCCAGGGAAUGCAAGGAGAUUGUGCGGGAGAAGUAUCUGAUGUUGCGAAUGCGUUGUUCCAUGAGCAGAUGUACUAUAUAGAUCAUGAACUCAGUAUUGAUGACUUUCUUCAUGGGUCAAACCCAGAUAGCCUCAGUAACCUGCAAGGGAUUGGUCAGCUGGAACAUCAACAAUUCAAUUUGCCACUAGAUCUUGAACUUCCUAAUUCAUAUAUUGAUGCAAAUAACUCUGUGCAAAAUACUGGAGAUGUUCUUUUCCACAUGUCAGACUUGCUCACAACAAUGUGUCCGUCACCUUCUCAAUACUUGGGACCAAAGUGUGCACUCUGGGACUGUGGUCGACCUGUCCGAGGUUCAGAAGAGUGUCAAGAUUAUUGCAACCCUUACCAUGCCGGUUUGGCUUUGAAUGAUGAUGGUCUUCAAGGGACAAGGCCUGUGAUGCGUCCAAGGGGUAUUGAUUUGAAAGAUGGCCCCCUAUUUGAUGCUCUCUGUGCAAAAGUUCAAGGAAAAAAUGUUGGCAUUCCUGUCUGUGAAGGAGCUGCUACGUCAAAAUCACCUUGGAAUGCGCCUGAACUUUUUGAUCUUUCUCUUCUUGAGGGUGAAUCUCUUAGAGAAUGGUUGUUCUUUGACAGACCAAGAAGGGCAUUCGAGAGCGGCAACCGGAAGCAGAGGUCAUUGCCAGAUUACGGCGGCCGUGGGUGGCAUGAGUCAAGGAAACAGGUCAUGAAAGACUUUGGGGGUCAGAAAAAAUCUUAUUACAUGGACCCACAACCAUCCAGCAACUAUGAGUGGCAUCUUUUUGAGUAUGAGAUCAACGAUUCCAAUGCUCUGGCCUUGUACAGGCUUGAGUUCAAGUCUUCUGAUGCUAAACGGAGUGUUAAAUCAAAAUUGGCUAGUAGUUCACUCAACGAAAUCCAGCAGCAAAUGGUCAAGCUUAGUGCAGACAGUCCCGUGGAUAACAAACGGGCUGCUAGGAGCAAGACAAAAGCUAAUCAAAAGGAUAGCAAUGCAAACACAUAUCCAACUCGCAACGCCCCCAAUCAAGCCAGUGCUUCAAAUGCUUAUGAAACAGUGUCUCUCAACAUCCCCAAUCAAGCCAAUACUUCAAAUGCUUCUCAAGCGGUGUCACAGGUGGAUGAGAUGGCAUUUCUUAAUGAGAAUGUCAUGUAUGGACCUCAUCUUCCAUAUGGUUACCCUGCCGAGAAAAGCCACUUUCCUUGGAACCCAAGUGACGGGGCUUAAACAUGCAUGCACAGCUCAUACACUCUAAGGUACCUCUCAAACAAAGUGUAACAGCGUCAGCUAAAUUUUCGGGCUCAACAGCGGCCUUACGGUUUUACAAGUGUAGACCUGAUUGAUGCCGUGUUUGUUGUGAUGUACUUCUGACUGUAAGGUCCAGUGCAUUUUGCCUAUCAGGGGCAAAUUAAAUGGACUAUCUGCUUCUUCAGAAACUGAUGCGUCCAAGUAGACGAGGAUUUGGAUAUUUAGAUAGUCUUUUUCUUUUUCUUUUGUUAUGUAUAUAUGUCGAGAGUUGUCUAGGAUUUGUGAUCCUAGAUUCACUUGCGGCUCUGGUGCUAGAUUGUUGACAGCUUCAUGCAAUUAAUCUCAUUUCAGUGCAGUGUCCACGUAUCUUUUA